CCGGGGACCACCAGCCGGAGUAGAGCAGGAGCCUGCGGGGCAGCCGGUGCCCAGGCGUUGGGGUCCGCUCCGGGGCUGGCCAAGGCGGCGGCGCUGCACGGAUCGAUGCCAGCCAAACGAUGACCAGUUGUGGCCCGCGGUCCCGGAACCGGCUCGCCCUGCUCCUGUCCCUGCUGUUCUCCGCAGUCUCCUCCGCGCAUUUCCGGGUCUGCGAGCCGUACACGGACCACAAGGGCCGCUACCACUUUGGCUUCCACUGCCCCCGGCUCUCUGACAACAAAACCUUCAUCCUCUGCUGUCACCAUAACAACACGGUCUUCAAAUACUGCUGCAACGAGUCUGAGUUCCAGGCGGUGAUGCAGGCGAACCUCACGGCCAGCUCCGAGGGCUACAUGCACAACAACUACACGGCCCUGCUGGGGGUGUGGAUCUACGGCUUCCUCGUGCUGCUGCUGCUGCUGCUGGACCUGCUCUACUACUCGGCCAUGAACUACAAUGUCUGCCAGGUCCACCUGGCGCGCUGGGGCCUGCGGGGCCGCUGGAUGAAACAGGGCCCCCGGCGCUGGGGGGGCCCUGCCCGCGCCCCCCGCCCAGGGCCGCCGGCCCCGCAGCCCCAGCCUCCCCCGGGCUCCCAGCCGCCGGCCCCCCAGGCUGUGCACACGCUGCGGGAAGAUGCCCAGAGCCCACCGCUGAUGUCCUUCCAGAGCUCGUCUGCCUGAAAACCUUUUUGCCGUGCCUCAGGAUGGGGGAGGUGACACCCGAAGCACCCGGUGCARCCUCCAAGGACAACUCGGACAGAGACGCCAAGAGGAGCCCAGGCGGAGGCAGCGGCAGAGGAGGAGACGCCGUCGGUGCCCGAAACCCCCCUCCACGGACUUCUAGCAUCAGGAGCAAACUCAGGGCUGGGGCCGGGGUGCCGGGGAGGGUCCUGGGCCACCCGUCCGCAAGCAAUAGUUCUCCUUUGGGCUGGUGGCUUCCGAGGGUGACUCGUUGUGGACUCGGGUGACCAACACAGGGUGACCCUGGCMGACUUGAGCCAGAAGGGUUCCAGCCGGGGGUCCCACCCGGGGUCCACGCACCGAGGCCUCCCUCACCUCUGCCCCCUCCUGUAGUGGCCCAGGGCCCGUGGUGUCCGAGUAUCGGGUGUGAGUGUGAGUGUGUGCGUGUGUGUGAUCCAGGGUGUGUGUGUGUUUGUUUGUUGGGUUAGUUCUUACUGCGGUCCCCCUGCAAGUCCUCUGAUGGGCACAGGUCACCACGUAGCUGGGGUCCUGCCAGUGUCCUCCUCUAGGGCCCGGGCUUCCUGCUGCAGUCAGCAGCAGGGUCCAGCUGGAGCUGGCYGUGUGUGAGGCCAGCCUCAGUGCCUCAGGGGCCCUGGGGACUGGACAGUGCCAGCAGGUGGUUCUUAGGGACUCGUCCCUACCAGCUGGCCRCGUGGAGGCCGCCCACUGCCACACACAGGAGCGGCUGGAGUGGGCAGGCUGCCAGGGCCAUGUGGCCAGCAGAAGGUCAGCCCUUGGGCACAGAGACCCAAAGUGCUCCACAGCCCGGGGCCCGAGCGCCUCCCCCACGGCCGCCCAGGGUCUCAGUGCUCAGCACGUCCAGGUUAAGCGCCUGCCCUGCUGGACCCUGUGCCGGGCAGUGAUGAGAGGUGAGUCAGGCCUGGGGUCUGAGAAACUCGUUGAUCUUUGCCAGACAGGGUGACGAGGCCAAUGGAAAACCAGAGCGGAAGGUUCUAGAAGGUUCUAGAAAUCCCUCCACCUGAAGUUGGGACUUCCACGUAAACCUGUAACCUUUGCCCGUAGAGCUCACCCUCACCACCCCCUGCCCUGCUGCUGCCCCGGGCACACAGGGAAGGACAAUGGGGGACAGUCCCGUCAGUCCCCAGGGCGGGCUGCAGUGUAGACGUGCUCCCUCCACAGUGUUAGGCCAAACUCUCCCGCCUCUCAGC